CUUUUGUGGGGUGCGGUCACCAGCGAUUCUACCUUCCUUCCUGGUUCUUCACACCCCCACUCGUACGGCGGGGCGUGGGGCGGCGACUCCCGAACUUACAAAAAGCCAUCGCUUGCGUCGGAUUUUGCUCUUCUUGCCACGCCGCGGGCAGAACAAAAUAAGAGAACCAAACGUGGAAGAUCCGGUGGUUUCCCACUGUUUCACGGCGAUCCCCAGCGUUUCCCCGCAACUGGGGUGGGGGAUUCAUCUUCCUGAGUUUUUUCCGGCGGUCUUCCUCGAUCUAUGCCCCUGCUGAGGUGGAUGUCUGAGAGCCGAUCGGGGUUUGCUUUUCUCUUAAUUCGGACGACAAAAAUAGAAUCCACUGAGAGUUGGCGUUAGGUUCAGGGGUGAAAGGCGUUUGGGAUACCGAUACCCAAGAAAGGCGUUUUUUUUUCUCUGGGCAGGGGAACGAAUUUGAGGAAGAUUUAGAGUUUGGUUGGCUUCAAGAGAGAUGGAAGGACAGGUGGGCGCCCAGGUCGCCCCUCCGCUUUUCUUCCACCAGCCGCUCCCUGACCAGUUCCACGAAGCGGCGCCGCUUGGCAAGAAGCGGGAUUUCCCGUGGCAAGCCCCCGCCUUCCACCACGGCCAGCAGCAGCACCAGCAGCAGCAGCAGCGACUGAUGGGCGCUUCUCUUCUUCCCAAUAACAACCACCCCAGUGGCAGCUGGAACCCCAAGAUGUGGGAUUGGGACAGCUUGAAUUUUACGGCGAAACCCUCGGCCGAUGCCUCCGAUGUUCUCCAUCUAGGGACCCAGCCGGCGGCUGUCACUGCUGAGGUGGAGCAGAGGAAGAAAGGGGAGGAGAGUUCCAGUGCUCUGACCUUGGGCAAGGGUUUGGAAGAGGAUGGGGAGAACCUCACUUUGAAGCUUGGAGGGGUCAACUUCACGGCGGCGGAGGAGCCGGUCGCGAGGCCCAACAAGAGGAUCCGGUCCAGGUCGCCGGGGAGUGGCGGCAGCUACCCGAUGUGCCAGGUCGAUGAUUGUAGGGCGGAUCUGUCGAACGCCAAGGAUUACCACCGCCGGCACAAGGUGUGCGAGGUUCACAGCAAGACGACCAGGGCUCUCGUGGGGAAGCAGAUGCAGAGGUUCUGCCAACAGUGCAGCAGAUUUCACCCCCUUUCUGAGUUUGAUGAGGGGAAGAGGAGCUGCAGAAGGAGGCUUGCAGGACAUAACCGACGAAGAAGGAAGACCCAGCCAGAGGAUGUUUCCUCUCGGUUGUUGCUUCCUGGAAACCAAGAGAUUGCAACCAACGGGAAUUUGGAUAUUGCCAGCUUGUUAGCGAUUUUGACACGCUUGCAAGGUAGACCAGCUAGCCUGCCCCCUCUACCUGAUAGGGACCGUCUCAUCCAAAUCAUUAGUAAAAUAAACAAUUUGAAUGCUGCAAACACUUCAUCAAGAUUACCUACAUCUGGUGGUAUUGAUCUAAAUGUUUCACAAGCUUCCCAGCAAGGUUCGCUUGAACAAGCCCCAAAAGGAAAUGGAAAUCCUGCUGUACCAUCAUCCAUGAACCUGCUGACAGUUCUCUCUGCAGCACUUGCAGCUUCUGCCUCUGAGGCUAUUGCUUCUCUUUCUCAGGGGAGUAGUGACAGCAGUGGCAAUGAUAAAACCAAGAUACAAUGUGCAGAACCUGCUACUGAUGUCAAUUCACACAGCAAACCAACUCGAACCUUUCCUUCAGCAGGAGUAGUAAGAACCAACUGCGUUGGUCAAUACCCAAUAGAAGUACCUGAGCAGCCAGUUCAGGAAGCCCGGCCAAGUUUGCCAUUGCAGCUGUUUGGUCCUGCUGAAGAUGACAGUCCUCCAAAACUGGGAUCUGCAAUGAAAUAUUUAUCCUCUGAAAGCAGCAACCCCAUGGAAGAGAGGUCCCCUUCAUCUUCUCCUCCUGUUACGCAGAAGCUUUUCCCUCUACAUUCAGCAGAAGAAAGUAUGAAGCAUGUGAGGAUGUUAAACUGCAGGGAAGACAAUGCAACAGUUGAACUAAGCACAAGUCAUGGAUGGAAUGCACCACUUGAGCUUUUUAAGGACUCACAAAGAAGAGUUGAAAAUGGGACAGUCCAAAAUCAUCCAUAUCAAGCUGGUUAUGCCUCCUCCUCUGGUUCAGACCAUUCACCUUCUAGCUCAAAUUCUGACGCACAGGAUCGGACGGGUCGGAUCAUUUUUAAGCUCUUUGACAAGGAUCCAAGCAAUUUCCCAGGGACCCUCCGUGCUCAGAUACUAAAUUGGCUCUCUCACAGUCCAUCAGAAAUGGAGAGCUACAUCCGACCUGGUUGUGUGGUCCUAUCGGUUUAUUUAUCAAUGCCACUGAUUGCAUGGGAUCAACUUGAAGAGGACCUUCUGCGACGAGUCACUUCACUAGUCCAGCAUUCAGAGUCAGAUUUUUGGAGAAAUAGGAGGUUUUUAGUUCGUACGAGUAGACAAUUGGUCUCACAUAAAGAUGGAAAGGUCCGCCAGUGUAAAUCAUGGAGGACGUGGAGUGCUCCUGAAUUGACCUCUGUAUCACCUGUUGCUGUAGUGAGUGGGCAGGAGACUUCCCUUGUUCUUAAAGGUCGCAAUCUGACAGUUCCUGGCACCAAAAUCCACUGCACCUAUAUGGGAAAAUACACAUCAAAAGUUCUGUGCUCAGCUUAUCCGGGCACCAUAUAUGAUGAUUCCAGUGUGGAGAGCUUUGAUUUUCCUGGAGGAUCUCCCAAAAUCUUUGGUCGUUGUUUCAUUGAGGUGGAGAAUGGUUUUAAAGGGAAUAGUUUUCCUGUUAUUAUUGCAGAUGCUAGAAUCUGUCAAGAGCUGAGGGCCCUUGAAUCUGAGUUUGAUGAAGAUGUUCAGACGGAGGACCAGGUUCAGGAGAAUGGGCAGCCAAGAUCUAGGGAGGAUGUUUUGCACUUUCUAAAUGAACUUGGGUGGCUCUUUCAAAAGACAAAUACCUCUUCCACCCCCUCCUCUCCUGAUUUUUCUUUCCCACGGUUUAAGUAUCUUCUAACAUUUUCUGUUGAACAAGAUUGGUGUGCUCUUAUUAAGACACUUCUGGAUAUACUUGCGGAAAGAAGUUCCAGAAGUGAUGCUCUAUCACAAGGAGCGCUGGAAAUGCUUCUAGAAAUUCACCUCUUAAACAGAGCAGUGAAGAGAAAGUGCAGGAGAAUGGUAGAUUUACUUCUCCAUUAUUCAGUAAGGCGCGGAAAUGAUAAUAAAAGUAUAUUCCUUUUUCCUCCAAACCUGCCGGGUCCUGGUGGAUUGACCCCGUUGCAUCUGGCUGCAUCCACAGAGGACUCUGAGGGCAUGGUUGAUGCACUGACCAGCGACCCGCAAGAGAUUGGAUUGAACUUCUGGGAUUCUGUACGGGACGACAGUGGUCAGUCUCCGUAUAUGUAUGCAACAAUGAAGAACAAUCAUUCUUACAACAGUCUGGUGGCCAGGAAGCUUGCAGACACAAGAAAUGGCCAGGUAUCAAUUUCAGUUGGAAAUGAAGAUAUAUCUUUGCAUAAAUCAUGGAUAACAGGAGAGGAAGAUAGACCUGCUGCCCAACCUUCGCAAGCAGUCUCUUGUGCGCGGUGUGCCAUGGCAGGGGCAGGUUGGCUCGGGCGAACUCCCCGCACAAGGGGGCUUCUGGCACGCCCUUAUGUCCAUUCAAUGCUCGCAAUUGCUGCAGUCUGUGUUUGUGUCUGCCUCUUCUUCCGAGGUUCACCACAGAUUGGCUCCGUUGCUCCCUUCAAAUGGGAGAAUCUUGACUUCGGCCCAAGAUAGCUUCUACUUGGCGAUGCUGUUGCAGACAAUGGAACAGCUAGUUCCCACAUGCAGUAUCUGGUCCCAAUCAGUUAUUUAUCAUUGUCGUAAAGUUUUGAAUCGUGGGGACUGAACUUGGUAGGGGAGAGGUUCGAUUCUUUGGCCGGUUGCAAUGGUGUCAUUUGAUGCGCGGACGUGGCGGAACGCAUGCUAGAGAAACCUUGAUAUAGAGGAUAAGGCGGAGCUAUCCCAUGUUGGGUGGGGCUGGCUCCGAAAGCAACUUCGAAUUUCUAGGUAAGGCCCCAACGGAACCAGGAACCAUAACAAAGGAAGCUGGUGGAGCUAGGGGGAACAUAUUCUCCCUACUUCCUUACCUGGAUGGAGCAAGUUACUCUAUGCAAUUGGAGCGUUCGUGCUUGUUUCGGAAGCAGUAUUUUUAUUUUUCCUAGUGUUCAUUACAUAUCCAGUGCUUUGCCUUUUUAGUUCACCUUUUUUUUGUUUUUGUCUUUCGUUGGAUCCAUGGGGAGUGUAGGCAUGGAAAGUGCUCAUGGGUUCUGUGUCUGUAACAGGAGAGUUCAGUUAUAUUACAUCUCAUACUCGAGCAAUGUUAUCUUCUAGCUGGAUGGAGUUAGAUGAGAUAGAUAGAUAGAUAGAUAGAUACGCUGAUUGAUUCUUUUAUUCAUGUUCCCGAGUAGCAUUUGCUGACACCUUUUUAUGCUUGCACCUUUCUACUCUUUACAUAAGUAUUCGACAGCAGUCGCUUUGAGCUU